AUGAGUAAAUGGGAGACAAAGGAGAGAAAAAGAAUUCCUCGCUUGGCUGCCUCACUUUCAUGGAGUGGCCCGUGUGCCCCGUCAGUACAAGACAAGAGCUCAGUGGAAAGUCCACCAAGUGUUACUGCAAAUGAAGAAUCAGAGGAAUCCUUCGUACAGGCUGCUUCUGGAAUGGAGCUGGACUGCGAUGCAACUGCUCCUGAUUCAUCAAAUCUUCACUUGGAGAAAUCGGAGAGCGAGGAACGUGUUGAUGUGGACAAUCCAGUUGUAGAUGGAUUUGAGUUUGAGGAAGGAAAAGGUAUUAGCAAAAAGCAGGCCAGAUACAGCUGUGCUCAAAUUGCAUUGAAACAACUCCAUCAACAAUAACAGCAAAUUACAUUGAGGGCUCAAACUCCAGAAGUUACAACCUCAGGUGCAAAGGCUAACGUCUUAUCCAUGAAAGUGCCACGAGUUCCAACUGAAAAUUUAGUUAUUCAUCCUAUCCGAUGUGCAGCAGUUAGCAAUUGCAUAUUGAAGAUGCUCCUGAAAUGCCACCCAAAUCUUCAGAGCUCCACAAAGACACUGGCUGCCUUCAUAGUCGAGAAAGUGAUAGAAGACUGCAGUGACAACGCUGGUGAAAAGUACGAAGUUGUUGCGCUAGGAACAGGAGAGACUUGUUACAGCGGUUGGUUAUGUUUCGAUGGCCGUUUACUCCAUGACUGUCACGCUGUAGUGGUCGCCAGAAGAGCAUUGCAAAGAUAUUUGUAUAAGCAGCUCCUUCUGUUCUGCAGCAGUGAUCCUGUGGGGUUAGAAAAGUGCAUCUUCUGCAAGUCUUCGGAAAAUGAUUUCCUCUCCCUGAAGCAGAAUAUAUUUUUCCACCUCUAUCUCAGCAGUGCCCCAAAGGGGGCAGCUCAAAGCAUUUUUAUGGACUCUGUGCCAUACCGAAAUCCCGAGAUGAGACUUAACAUACAUUCGAAAGGUGGUCUCAUUCCAGCAGCAAGCUGCCCCCCGAGUGUGACUGCUACCCACGUCUGCUGCAUGUCUGCCAGCGACAAACUGAGCAGAUGGAUGGUGCUUGGAAUCCAAGGAGCCCUCCUCAGCCACUUCAUCAACCCUCUGUAUAUCACCAGCAUUGUUCUUUCUGACCAGUUACAUGCAUUGCAUGCCAUCAGAAAAGCAGUCAAUCAACGUGUGGACGAGACUUUGAAUGAGAAACUCCCUGCCCCAUUUGUAGCUCAGCAGGUACAUUUCUUCCACUGUUUUGAGGAAGGAGCAGAGGAAGAUAACCCACUUCACAAAGAGCUGAGCAUUAACUGGUGUCAGGGGGAUAAGACUGUGGAAGUAGUGGAUGGAGCAACAGGAAAAAUCACAGAAUAUUCCCCCUUUAAGAAUGGAGUCAACACUGCCAGUCGUUUAUGCAAGGCUGCCAUGUUCUGUUCCUUUCAACAUUUAGCAAGAGAAAUGGAGAGAUUGGAGCUACUGAAAUGGUCAACAUAUCACGAAGCCAAGAUGAGAGCUAAAGGAUAUCAACGAGCCAAGGACGUCAUGAAAUAUCACUUUCGAUUCACUGGAGCAGGUCCAUGGCCACAGAAACACUUUGUUGACAACUUCAGCAAAUAGAGUUCAUUUGGAUAUAAAAUAACUUUUUUGUUUUUUUUUGUUUAAAGAUCAUUCUGAAGUUAGAAACAGAAAAUUCUGGAAAUAA